AUGGGGGAGAGGAUGCCAGAGGAAAUGGACGACCACUCCAUGUUCUUUCAAUUUGGCCCCUCCAUCGAGCAGCAGGCUUCUGUCAUCCUGAACAUUAUGGAGGAGUAUGACUGGUACAUCUUCUCCAUCGUCACCACGUAUUACCCGGGUUACCAGGACUUCGUCACAAGGAGAGGUCUGCUCUCUGUGUCCUAUGAUGAGUGGGACUACGGCAUAGAAGCUCGUGUUCGGGACGGCGUGGCCAUCAUCACCAUGGCAACUUCCACCAUGAUGAUGGACCGCGGGCCUCACACUCUGCUGAAGUCUGAGUGCCACGGAGCACCGGAGAAGAAGACCCCCAUCUCAGGCAACCCCAACGAAGUUCUCAGGUACCUGAUGAAUGUAACGUUUGAGGGACGUAAUCUGUCGUUCAGCGAGGAUGGCUACCAGAUGCACCCCAAACUUGUUAUCAUUCUGCUCAACAAGGACAGGCAGUGGGACAGGGUGGGUAAGUGGGAGAAUGGUUCCUUGUCCAUGAAAUACCAUGUGUGGCCUCGCCAUGAGCUGUAUGGGGGGGCAGCAAGCAAGGAAGAUGACCACCUGUCCAUCGUGACAUUGGAGGAGGCUCCGUUCGUCAUCGUGGAAGACGUGGAUCCGCUCAGCGGCACCUGCAUGAGGAACACUGUACCCUGUCGGAAACAAAUCAAAUCAGUCAAUCAGACGAAGGAGUCGGGGAUCUACAUCAAGCGCUGCUGUAAGGGCUUCUGCAUCGACAUCUUGAAGAAGAUCGCCAAGUCAGUCAAAUUUACGUAUGACCUUUAUCUGGUCACUAAUGGAAAGCAUGGCAAGAAAAUCAAUGGAACCUGGAACGGCAUGGUGGGAGAGGUGAGGAAGCCCUUCAGCGCAGAUGUGUGGGUGAUGAUGUUCGUCAUGCUGCUGCUGGUGUCAGCAGUGGCUGUGUUUGUGUUUGAGUACUUCAGCCCUGUGGGCUACAACCGCUGUCUGGCUGACGGCAAAGAGCCUCACGGUCCAUCGUUCACCAUCGGUAAGGCCAUCUGGCUGCUGUGGGGUUUGGUUUUCAACAACUCUGUGCCCGUUCAGAACCCCAAAGGCACCACCAGUAAGAUCAUGGUGUCAGUGUGGGCCUUCUUCGCUGUCAUUUUCCUGGCCUCUUACACUGCCAACCUGGCUGCUUUCAUGAUCCAGGAGGAAUACGUGGACCAGGUGACUGGUCUCUCGGACAAAAAGUUCCAAAGCCCCAAUGAUUUUUCACCUCCGUUCCGGUUUGGCACGGUCCCCAACGGAAGCACUGAGAGAAAUAUUCGGAACAACUAUCCAGAAAUGCACUCCUACAUGACCAAGUUCCAUCAGAGGAACGUCAACGAAGCUCUGCAGAGUCUGAAGGCCGGCAAAUUAGAUGCUUUCAUCUAUGACGCUGCCGUACUGAACUACAUGGCCGGCAGGGACGAGGGCUGUAAGCUGGUGACCAUCGGCAGCGGCUACAUCUUUGCCACCACGGGGUACGGCAUCGCCAUUCAGAAGGAGUCGCUCUGGAAGAGACACGUGGACCUGGCCAUCCUGCAGCUCUUUGGAGACGGUGAGAUGGAGGAGCUGGAGUCCCUGUGGCUGACGGGAAUCUGCCACCACGAGAAGAACGAGGUGAUGUCCAGCCAGCUGGACGUGGACAACAUGGCCGGCGUCUUCUACAUGCUGGGCGCCGCCAUGGCUCUGUCCCUCAUCACGUUCAUCUGCGAACACUGGUUCUACUGGCAGCUGCGCUUCUGCUUCAUGGGCGUCUGCUCUGGGCGGCCCGGUUUUGUCUUCACCGUCAGCAGGGGGAUAUACAGCUGCAUUCAUGGGGUGCAGAUCGAAGAGAAGAGCAGCUCUGCAUUGAAUUCCCCAUCAGCCACCAUGAACAACACCCAUUCCAACAUAAUGCGCCUCUUACGCACCGCCAAGAACAUGGCCUCCCUGUCGGGGGUGAACGGCUCACCUCACAGCGCUCUGGACUUCAUUCGCCGAGAAUCUUCUGUUUACGAUAUCUCCGAGCACCGUCGCAGCUUGGCAGGCCACUCAGACUGCAAACCUCCAUACAUGCCAGAGGAUAACAUGUUCAGCGACUACAUCAGUGAGGUGGAAAGGACGUUCGGCAACAUUCAUAUGAAGGACAGUAAUCUGUACCAGGACCACUACCUACACCACCACGGCUCAACCCUAGGACUCAGUGGGCCUCCUCCCAACAGGCCCCACAGUUUGGGCAGUGGUAGUUCCCUGGAGGGGGGCAUGUUUGAUUGUGACAGCCUUGGUGGCGGAGUUGCGCCAAUCUUUACCACCCAACCCUGCUCAGCACUGACGCACAGGAACAUGAGCAAGUUUGACCUGUUGUCCGGACAGACGCCUCCUUCGGGCCAAAGCUUCAAGGGAGGUCUCCCAGACUUAUACGGGAAGUUUUCCUUCAAGGGAGGAAGCUCCACCUACAUCCCUGGACAAAGUUACUGUGCAGGAAGAGGAGAGGAAGAUGGGAACAUACGUUCAGAUGUCUCAGAUAUUUCCACACACACGGUAACCUAUGGAAACCUGGAGGGUAAUGCCAAGAAGCGCAAACAGUAUCGAGACAGCUUGAAAAAGAGGCCAGCCUCUGCAAAGUCCAGACGGGAGCUGGACGAGAUUGAGCUGGGCUACAGGAGAAAACCCUACCACAUCAGCCACCACCACUACCACAGCCAACGCUCUGCCUCCCCACCUCUUCUACCCUCUGAACGCAAGAGAGGCGGUGGAGGGGGUGGAGGAGGAAACAAUAACGGGAACUCGUAUCUUUUCAGAGAAAAGGAGAGUGUUAGGGACUUUUAUUUGGACCAGUUUCGGCCUAAAGAGGGCGUCCCUCAGUGGGAACAUGUGGACUUGACAGAAGGUCCAGUAGGCAGAGAUGGGGCAGUAUCUACCUGCACCUCCUUGGUACCUGUGGAUGACUUUCUUAAGAGUAAGCCCAAGAAGUCUGAUUCAAAGAGUGGGGGAGGAUCUGGGCUGGCAGGGGGAGAGUGGGAGUGCAGAAACUGUCGGGCUAGUGUGGUAGGUGGGGGCAAACAGAUGUCCAUUCAUGGAGGUGGUGGCUAUGCUGGUGGUAUGAGCUGUGGGUCCUCAGGAGGUGGAGGGAACAGCCGGCCCAGCUCCGCAACCUGCAUGCGCUGCGAUGGGUGUAAAAAGACAGGAAAUUUGUACGAUAUCAGUGAGGACAACAACCACUCCUUGGAACAUAUGGGGGGAGGGAAUGGAGGAGUGGUAGGUGGAAUUGCCCCAGGCCCCCAAACUCAAUCUCAGGUCCAGCAGAGGAGAAAGAGCGGAGGAUUGGGGAAGCAGCUGAGGCGGCAGCAUUCAUAUGACACAUUUGUUGACCUUCAAAAAGAGGAAUCAGGGAUGGGAAGUUUGAUGGGAGGUUUGGGAGGAGGUGGAGGGAUGAGUGGUCCUGGUUUGGGAGGAAUGCUGCCCCCACCAAGGAGUAUUAGCUUGAAGGAGAAAGAACGCUACAUGGAAGGUAACAGCCCCUUUGCACACAUAUUUGAGCGCCAUGGGGGCUCAGAGAGGGAAAGAGAACGGGACAGAGACCCGUUGUUUUAUGGAGGUGAGAGCCAGAAAGGACCUGGCUCACCAUUUGGUCUGUUCAGAGGUGGUGAGGGCCUCCAUCGCCGCUCCAUCGGAGAACGAGACAUGAGAGACAGAUCUUUGAUGGAAGGAGGAGGUGGGGCAGCAUUCUCUUUAUCCAAAUCUCUUUACCCUGACAGGGUAAACCACAACCCCUUUAUUCCCACCUUUGGUGAUGACCAGUGUUUGAUGCAUGGAGCCAAACAAUAUUACAUGACAAAACAACAGCAGCAGCAACAAAUUGCCACAAACAGCCGAAGUGACUUCAGGAGUCAGAUGAGUGCGGGAUCAUAUCUGCCAGCGUCUGCCACAGCCGGGGUGAUGUCCAGUGUGUCCCCCCGGUUCUCGAAAGAACUCAGUCUUGGUGGAAUGAACCAUCAUGGCUCAAUGCUAGGGGUUGGCCCCCCACGUCCCUUCAAUGGAAGCAAUGGCCAUGUGUAUGAAAAACUCUCCAGUAUCGAGUCUGACGUGUAAAACACAAACUGGAAGGAGGAGGACAGCAAUAGGAGAUCAGGGCUAAUUCUUUAAACACUGCAGACACAAAACAGCCCAAGUCCAUGUGGAGACAGAAAGAUGUGUGGGGGGCAAAUACUUGAAGGUUGUGUUUAUUAAUUAGAAUGAGGGAAAUUGGUGAAAAAUAUCAGGACAUCUUGAGGAGGUUUGGGAAUGCUAACCUUCUCUGAUAAAAUGGCCAAAGCUACUCUGCAUCAUACAGUCAAUAAACAUUCCCCUCAACAUUCCAGAUAAUAAGUCCCAUCAUGUCCUUCACCAGUGAGUUACAAGUCACUGUACUUGGUUGGCAUGUUAAUGAUGCAACACCUCGUCUUAGUUUGCUGCCGUCCGUGUGGCGCGAGGGGAUGGCGGUGGAAGGCUCCCGCGGAGCGCAUGUGAGGAAGUACAGCAAGAGUGGAGACGGGAGCGAACUGUCCAUCUGCCCCUGUGUUUCUGCAGAAAGUAGACGUUUUCACAUUUGCCUGAGCCACAACACAGCCGAGCCUGUGCAUCACUCUUCCCCCGUCCUCUUCUUCUCAGCCCCCACUCCUCCUCCUCCUCAUUCCUGACACCUAAAGAGCUGUUUGUUAUGAGAAAUACAAUCAUGAAUGAUAAUAAGAUAUUCUAAUAGAAAAACAGGGUAUAAGAACAACAAUAACAUGAAUAACAAAGACAUUUACACUGAUUAUGGUACUACUGUUUAUGGCAUCAGUAAGUUUUUUCUUGUUUCAUAUUCUGUUGGUAUAAUAUUUGACUACUUUUUAAGUAUCUGUAGUUGUAUACUUGUCGAUGGCAGCAGGACAGUUGUUUUUGUUGUUAUCCUACAGGCCAGAAAGACUGAGUCUGUUUUUCCGUUCAACAUAUUACUCCAUACUCGUUCAUUUAUUUGCUUCUUUUUGAAACGCUGGAUCUUAAAGACACACUCGAAGCUGAGAAAUGUUUAAAGACAUUCGAAACCAAGCGCACACGUACGUAUUUAAACACACACAGUUUUUUUUUUUUGUCAGUCUGAACUUGUGUUACUGUGAACAACAGAAGCUGAAGCUGCUGAAAGGAAGGACGUGCCUUAGUGGUCUCCAGUGGAAGUGUCCUCCAGUUCACAAGCGGCGGCAAGAGGAUGGACACGCCGCUCCGUGUUCUUCUCACAAUUGAGCCAAAACCGCAGUAGAAAUCAACAGCGGGCUGCUGCUACUGCUGGUUUCAAUAU